CAGAAAAACAAGAGAGAGGGGCUGGUUGCUGUAGCUCUAGCUGUGGGCCGGGGGGUAGCUACCUAGCCAGGGCUGCUCUGCUGAAACAUCCAUGGGUGGCUGUGUCGGGAGCCACCACGACUCUUCAGGCAGCUUAAACGAGAACUCAGACGGCACCGGAGUGGCUCUAGGGCGUAACCAGCCCCUGAAGAGAGAGCGGCCUAAAUGGAAAAGUGACUACCCGAUGACUGAAGGCCAGCUGCGCAGCAAGAGAGAUGAGUUCUGGGACACAGCGCCAGCGUUCGAGGGCCGGAAGGAGAUCUGGGACGCGCUGCGAGCUGCGGCCAGCGCCUUCGAGAGCAACGACCACCUGCUGGCACAGGCCAUCCUCGACGGGGCCAGCAUCACACUGCCACACGGAGCGCUGACUGAGUGUUACGAUGAACUGGGGAACCGUUACCAGCUGCCAGUCUACUGCCUGUCUCCUCCCGUCAACAUGAUUGAAGAGCGCUCCGACGAACCCGACGGCUCUGAUCCAGACUCCGGGGCUGCAGACCCGUCCACAGGCAGCGCCAGUGACAGUGGCUCAGGAGGGGAGUGCCAGCUUCGGCUAAGGCUCUCCACUGGUCGUGACCUCCGUCUGGCUGUCCGCUCCACGGACACGGUAGGCAUGAUGAAACGCCGCCUGCAAAGUCAGGAGGGAGUUGCGGCCGCAACCCAACGCUGGUUCUUCUCAGGUCGGCCACUGACAGACCGGCUUCGCUUGGACCAGCUCAACAUCUCCAGAGACUACGUAGUGCAGGUCAUCCUCAGCCAGCCGCCACCACCGCCACCGGUAUCGACGCCGGGACAUACACCGGGUGCCGCAGGGUCAGUGGCGGUGGAAAGUGUGGCCACACUGCCACAGGAGCCCACGCCAGUAGAGAACUAACUCACCCAGUGUGGAGACGGGCACGCAGGCAGGCUGGCGACACAAGAGAAGGAGGAUGACAAUGGAGGGACGAAGGAAAGAGAAGGAUGUUUGGCACUAUCUUUUCUGCUUUGGUCCACACUACUCUCUUCUCUUCUCUUCUCUUCUCUUCUCUUCUCUUCUCUUCUCUUCUCUUCUCUUCUCUUCUCUUCUCCUCUCUUCUUGUCUCUUCUCCUUUCUUCUUGUCUCUUCUCUUCUCUUCUCUUCUCCUCUCUUCUUGUCUCUUCUCCUUUCUUCUUGUCUCUUCUCUUCUCUUCUCUUCUCUUCUCUUCUCUUCUCUUCUCUUCUCUUCUCUUCUCUUCUCUUAGUUGUUUUUGCAAGCCAUGCUGAGAAACAGGUUUGUGAAGUGAGUUAGGGCAUGGUGGGAGGGGAUCGAGCAAAGGACUCUUGAAUUGAGAAAAGACUCUUCCUCCUGGUUUUACACACUGACAUUUUGACCUUUUUAAGUCUUUUAAAACUGUUCCUAUGGAAACCAAACAACAAAAAGGAACUUUGUCGAAGGGUGAUACAUUUAAAGGGUUUUAUUAGCGACACUUGUGUUCGAAUGUUUCUGUGUUUCAGUCUCCAUUCAUCGGCUGGUCUACGGCGAGGCUGGGUUGGAGGGAUUCUGUUCAUAAAGCUAGAGGGUUAUACAUACAGUACAGUAUAUUUCCAGCUCAGAGGCCCUGCUCACACUUGGUACUAAACAUCUUUCUCGGGUGAUCUGAUAAGCCAAGACAAGACAGAUCGCCAUUCACACAUGGCAUUAUCAUGCCUCUCAAAUGCAUCACCGCCGAUGACUUGAACGGUUCACUUGACUCUCUGCCUGAGACCUUUCAGAAAUACUUCAUUUCUUUAUUUUUCUUACUUUUUUCUUUUCCUUACUUUUCCUAACUUUCCUAUACCUCUAUACUCCAUGCUGUAACUGUUUUCCUAAUAUUUCCCACCCAUCCUAUUCCUCACCCUUGGCUCAUUCAUAAAGCAAUUGUCAUUUGUAAUUGUCAUUCAUUGUAAUUGACUGUUUUAUCUGAUGAAAACACCGCCAUCUCAUCACAAAAAAAAACAAAAAAAAAAUUCAUUCAAAUUUGAAUUUCUUGCCAACAGUGUGCUAUCAAAUCCACACAACCGUACACCCUACAGAUGCUAUGUGGCCCAAUGCAUCAUGACCACAUCUGAAGGUGGUUUGAGUGAUGGGAUCACGAUUGUGUCAACAAGAUGCACUGAACCCCAUUCACACAGCCACAGAGGGCUGUCCACUUUUUAAUGAUUCACGUGAGACAGAUGUUAAAACCAAGUGUGAACAGGUUCAAAGAGAGGGGGAAUUAAAAUAGUUAAAGGAGUACUCCACUCAUAAUGCAUAAUUUUUGUAUCAAGUACUCACUGUGUGUGCUGUCUUCAGUAUUUGGCCCUGAAAGUGCAACUGGAAAGCCUUCAUGGUAAAAUCAUAAAAAACAGUGUCCUUAAUUUUACAAUUUUACAACAGCAAAAUGCUAUCAAAAGCGCCAUUUUAAAAAGCCCACAUUUUUGCUUGAAUCUGUGUUUUUGAUAUACAGGUUUACCAUGAAGGCUGAAGGGUAAAGCUUUCUUGAAUUCUGCACACGGUGAGUUGUUGAUACAAAAUCUACGCAUUAUGGAUGAAGUAUCCCUUUAAAUAAUCACAAAAAGCAAUUGUUCUCAAAUAUAUGGGAAGCAAUUCAUUUAUUACGUUUUCAUUUUCUACUUUGAAUAAAGCUAUAUAGGAUUACUACUACAGGGGUAAAAUUGAUACACACUAUAAUACUUGUCGUCAUCAUUCCCCAAAACCUGAAUACUUACAGUACAUCACUUGGGUGGUGACUCAUCAACCUAACAGCCAUGAAGACAGAUUAGUAUUGCUAGUUAAAGGACAAAUUCACUAUUUUGGAACCCGGGACCUAUUUACAGAUUAUCUAGCAUCAUCCUCAGAUGUAGAGACCAUCAUUCCAAAAUAGCGAACUUGGUCCUUCAGUGAACGGAUGUGUCUUUCCUCUCGUCAAGGGGCCGCAGUCAAGGGGCCGUGACUGGUUUAUUACGCUGCCACUGGGUUACAUAUUCACUUUCACUCUAUUUAACAGAACAAUCAGAACAGUUGUGUACUUAACAUUAGGUAAUCAGUGUGUGUGUGUGUUUGUGUGUGCGUACGUGCGUGAAUGUAUGAAUGUGAUUAUAUGAUUCAACACACAUCCACAACUACUCAUGGGACAAAAGAAUGGACUUCAGAAACACAGUUGCAUAUUUUAAUGAAAAUAGAAUGUUUUUAAUUAAAUUGACCAUCAUUUCUACUGCUGGA